AGUGCCAGAUACAAACCCAUAACCCUGGGGAGAAGAGGCUUGCUUUCCUAGGCCGAGGCACCCCGGUUUCAAGAGUCAGGUGUUGGCUUUCACUCGGCUUGGCUGGUGUUGACUCCUAUUGGCAUCUGCAGCAACUUUCUCCCACAUUACACCUCCCACCCCAGCCAGGAACUAAGGCAGCACAGAGAGGAGUGUCUGUUGAGCCAUGGUGUCACCUUGCCACAGGAAUGCCCUGGGUGCAUUGCUGCUGGUGCUAGUCCAAGGCUGGUCGCAAUCUGUGAGUCAGGAGUACGACUACUACAGCUGGCCCUCAGACAACUUCCAGCAUGGUCGCUUUUAUACGAAGCAGCCGCAGUGUGUGGACAUCCCAGCUGACAUGCAGCUCUGCCACAAUGUGGGCUACAAGCGCAUGCGCCUGCCUAACCUGUUGGAGCACGAAUCCAUGCCUGAGGUCAAGCAGCAAGCCAGCAGCUGGGUGCCUCUGCUGGCCAAGCGGUGCCACUCGGACACACAAGUUUUCCUCUGCUCCCUGUUUGCACCUGUCUGUCUCGACCGGCCUAUCUAUCCAUGCCGUUCACUUUGCGAAGUGGUGCGUGACUCCUGUGCUCCUGUCAUGGAAUCCUAUGGCUUCCCCUGGCCUGAGAUGCUCAACUGCAACAAGUUUCCUUUUGACAAUGAUUUGUGCAUCACGGUGCAAUUUGGAAACAGCCAGGCUACCCAGCCACCAGUGUCAAAGAUCUGCACCCAGUGUGAGAUGGAGCACAAAGCAGAUGGCAUAAUGGAGCAAAUGUGUUCAAGUGACUUUGUGGUUAAGUUGCGCAUCAAGGAAAUCAAGAAGGAGAAUGGUGAGAGACGACUAGUAGCUGCUCAGAAGAAGAAAAAGCUACUCAAAGUGGGACCACUGAAACGCAAGGAUACCAAGAAGUUAGUGUUGCAUAUGAAGAAUGCAGGUGCCUGCCCUUGCCCACAGCUUGAUGACCUCAGUGGUAGCUUCCUAGUGAUGGGUCGCAAGGUGGGUGGGAGGUUGCUGGUCUUGGCUAUUUAUCGCUGGGAGAAGAAGAACAAAGAGAUGAAAUUUGCUGUCAAAUUCAUGUUUUCCUACCCCUGUUCCAUGCACUACCCCUUCUUCUAUGGAGCUGAUCCCCACUGAGCUCUGAGAUCCUUCCUCACUCUUCUUCAGAAUACUCUCUACACUUUUAGUCCCCUUCUUUAUAAAAGUAGGUUUACGCCAAAUCAUACACCUUGGGAAUUGCAAGGAUCCUUCCUUUCAUAGUUCAUACUCCAUUUAGUUCCAAAUCUUUACAAGGGCUUCAUAUCCAUCAGCAGAAACUCUCAACACUUCUUUACUGGAAAAUAGGAAACAUCUUACCAACUGGGUUGUUUUAGGUUUUUCAGGCUGUAUGGCCAUGU